UUUUAACGUCGAACCCUGCGCCUGGAGUUGCGUAUGCCGAUGUAACAGUGCCCCUUCAACGUAGUAGCUCGAUUCAAUCUAACACUACACAAGUCGAUCGUACGGACGUGGCUCUUGAUAUCUCAAUCGCGUCAUUCAAGACUAUCAAGGAAGCUGCCGAGGCCAUAUCUCAAUUUGGGGGUCCCAUCAAGGCUACAUGUGGCAUAAUGAUCCUCGUAUUAGAGGCCGUCAAGAUGUGUAAAAAUAAUCGAGAGGGAUGGAGGGAGCUCGCUGAGAUUAUGGAAGACAAGAAUCAAUCUGUCAUCUCGUUGCUGGAGCUGUACGGACAGGCACCAGAGGAGAAUGAACGGAUAUUGAAACAAGCAAACAAGUAUCAAAAGAUAUUGGACGAGAUCGCAUGGGACAUGAAGAAGGAGACAGAAUCCGAUUCGGAGAAGGGAUCCGUACUCGAAAACUACUGGGAUAAAACGAAGGGCCAUGGAAGAGAGAUGACCUUGUCGAAGAUCAACGCGCAGAAGAUUGCAAGAUAUAGAGAACGUCUGC